AUGAGACUCUCGACGACAAUUAUUGCAGCUACUUUAGUUGUUGGGAAGGCAAUAAGAAGCUCUAUCGCAGAUGAAGCAACGUGUAGUAGUCUUAAUGGACCAUUCUGUGCUGGUUUUGGGUCUGGAUUCGCAUUAUCCCCACUGCACGCGAGGCAGAAUCUCGAUGUAAGUGAAGAGGAGAUAAAGGCAAAGCAAGUAGCAAAGAACUGGAAGAUUGACAAGAUUUUGAAGCAGGAUGAGAGGCAAGUGGCUACGGAUGAAGAUGAGGAGGAAGAUUUUUUCCUGAGCCUUGCGACCAUUCUGGAUGAGAGUUUGGCACAACUGAAUGAUGUGGACGACGAGAAAUUGAAUUCGAUGGCAGGUGCAUUUUCAUUUACUAGUGAAAAUGGUGUCUUUGAGCUGCUAGAUGAGAUGAACGGGGACGAGUUAAAGGAGCUCUUUGAGACGGCGCUGAACGAGGUCUUGGUGUCAGCAGAAACGAUCCCGGAGGAAAUAUCAUCGAAGGCAACAGAGGGCCUGCGUAAAACGGCGCGGCAGCUCAAGGCACUAAAGGAUUACAAGACCUACACGUUCGAAAAGCUGGACAAGUCACAGUUAGCAAACAUUCGACAAAAAUUUGCCAACCAUCGCCUUGUGGAGUUGCAGCAGAUGUUUGAGCAGCUUGUGAUCGCUGAUGACGCGCAUGAUCGACAGUUGGCACUUGAAACUGCUAUCUUUUUGUUUCAACUAGCUCAAGAAGAGUCGAAUACAGUCAACGUGUAG